GGGGCUAGUGUGUUGACAGUGGUUGACGUGCAGCUGCUUCACCUACUGAACCAGGAAGACGCUGAAAUUCCCUCCUCGGAAACUGCACCUCGCGUCGGAAAGUCUUUUAUAGCUUCUGCUUUGAGCACCCUGCAAUGUUGAAAUGAAGAUUGAUGAAAAAGUUCUCACCUAUUUUGAAUCCUGCAACUCACCUGUGGACAAAGAGGGUUACCUCAGCAAAAAGGGAGAGAUCAAGACUUCCUACCAGAAGCGCUGGUUCGUGCUGAAGGGGAACCUGCUGUUCUACAAGGACCGGCAGACGGACCGGGACCUGGUGGGGGUGAUUGUUGUGGAGGGCUGCACGGUCCAGCUGUGCGAGUCCGAGGAGCAGUUCGCCUUCUCCCUAGUGUGGAGCGAGCCGGGGCUGCGGACGUACAAGUUCGCCGCAGAAGACCAGGCCAGUCAGGAGAGCUGGAUCAAAGCCCUGCUGUCGGCCAACCACAGCUACCUGGCCCUGCUGCUGGUGGACAUGGAGAAGAAGUACCGAGAUACCUUACGUGCAUAUUCCAGUGAACCGAAUAAAACCUUCACGAUGCCAAACUUCAACACAACAGAAGCAGACUACCAGGCAGCCUGUCUGAGUAUGCGUGCUUCAACUCUAUCUUCAUAUCCACAACUAGCUGCAGGAGCAGGAGCCGGUCCGGGCUUCAAUCAGCUGCUUCGUCCUCCCGUUUCACCACCCAGAGCCGCCAGUAAGAAAUCUCCCAAAAUGUGGGCCAAGAAGAACGCAAACGUGGUGCUUGCAAACUCCUCUGCUCUGCCGGCGGCGGAGUGGAGCGGAGUGGAGUUCUGUUUAGGCGACAAGGAGGAUUUCAGUAAGCUCCAUGAAGAUUUUGGAAAGGAAGUAAAGGAACUUAUUGCUCAGUGGUCAAACAGAGCACAUAUUGGUGAAGCUGUUCAGGGAGGUAAUUUGAUAGAUUUUGGGUAAUAAAGGUUGUAAGCAUUCAUGUUAAAAAUAAUACUUUUUAUAAUUGAAAAACUGUAAUGUACAUAUACAGUAUACCAGAUCCGAUUGGGUGAAGAUGUUUUUAUAUAUUUGAUGCUGAAUAGGGUAUUGUUUUGUUUAUUUUUACUU